GGUGAGCUCUACAGGUUGCUUGAUCUGAAUUACAGCUGUCCGAUGAUGGGUCUCGGGGACAGGAGUUUCCUGCUGGUCAUGGUCAAAACCAUGUCUCUGGAUCCCGAGUGCAGCCUCUGGUACAGGAUGUAAACUUAGAGGAACUUGGGGCAUCAUAAAUGUAAGGGUGGGGACUGCAGGAAGUGAUUAUGGGGCUUUACCAAGGACCGCGGCUCUUGGACUUUGCAAAGGCUCCUCCACACCUGCAGUUCAACAGAUAUGUCCUAACAGGCUACCGACCUGUGUCAUCAGCUCAAGAGUGCCUGAGGAGCCUCUUCUACAUGCACAAUGAGCUAGGGAACAUUUACACUCAUGGCGUUCCUUUCUUCCUUUUCUUGUUGGUGCUGCCUUUUAGUAUCCCCUGGAUGGAGGUGGACAGCACGUGGAUAUGUGUGGUCCACUACCUGGCCUGCCUUUGCCCGACCAUCGGCUCGGUGCUCUACCACUUAUUCAUGAACCAUGUGGGAGGAGAACACGUGUACGACACGCUGCUCUCCCUGGACAUGUUCGGCGUCUGCCUGGUUAACACACUGGGGGCUCUUCCCAUCAUCUACAUCACCCUCCUUUGCUACCCCACAGUGCAACAGACGGCCUUGUUGCUCUACAUCCUCCUCUCCACCUAUGGUAUCUACUGUGCCACCACAGCUCACACAAACGUCCUGCGUCUGAGGGCUUUCGUCUGGCAGGGUUUGUUCCGGUUCAGCCUCUUCCUGUUCAGAGUUUUUGGGACCGGGGUGGGAAGCCCAGACUCGCUGCGCCUCUUCAUAACCAUGGAUUCUCUAGCUGUAUUAGGUGGACUGGUCAACAUCAUCCAGAUACCGGAACGCUUCAGUCCAGGCCUGUUCGACAACUGGGGCAACAGUCACCAGAUAAUGCACAUCAUGGUUAUCUGCUCCAUCAUCUACCUGCACUGGGGCACAAUGGAGGAUUUAGCCUGGAUCAAGACCUACCAGUGUCCUGCUGAGUGAUGCACGGUGCAGGUCGCUCACACGCGAGCCUGCACUGACUGAGCGAAGGUUGCUGCAAGAUGCACUUUAACCCUAACUGCUGAAAUCCUUCACUGGGGAAGUUUCUAAAUAAAAACAGCAGAAAAGAUUAUCACCUGUUCUGUAACCAUGGAACUGGGAUAUUGCUUCACCAAAUUAAAAAUCCUGAGCAUACUUGACUUAUAGUACGGCAUGCAGUAGUUUUUUGUGCUAAAUGGAGCAUUACCAAUAGUCUUCAGGGUAAAAAUGAAAUAACUAUGUAAUGAAUUAUAUAUUUUUAUAUUUCUGUUCAGCUUGUAUUUGAUACAUGCAUAAUGAGGAUUGUUCAUGUGAUAAAGUAAACGACAGAAGUAAUUGCAUGCUUCAGUUUGUUUAAUAGCAAGAAACAUAAGUUGUAUGUACAUUGGAAAAAAAGAGAAAUAACUGAUUUAUCUGCUACUACAAAGUUGUUCUGUUCUUUUUGUUAUUUUUGGCACCUGAAGUUACAUUCUUGUCAUUGUUAUGAAUUCUUGGUUUUUGAGUUUCACUUAAGCUGCACUUCUGAAAGACAGCGUCACCUUCAAACCAAACUCUGAGCACUUUAAAGUCCCAUCCAAUAACGUGCAAGUAUAGCCACAUCAGAAAAGCGUGUGUUAGAUUUUAAAGAGGCGCCAGGGUAGAAAGCCUCCAUUACAAUGCAGCAGUUUUAUUAUUCAACAACACAAAGAAUAACCUCAGUGUUACGUUAUCUGCAGCGGUGUUUCCUCCCAGUGAGACACGGCCCGUGGGUGCGGAUCAUUCUUCGUCUGAGCUGCUGUCAUCUUCUGGUUCUGAUAGGUCGGGAAUGGGAAACCGCAAGAUGGCAGCUACCCCGCUUAGCUGGGUCAGUUCUGAGGACACAGUUAAAUCAGCAGAUGACCAGCGGAUCAAUAUAUCAGCCCAUAGAAAUGCUAAUUAUGAGAUAGUGGAAGAAAUUAUGGACUUUUAAACUGAAUAACCGUCAAUAAAAACUGACUCAAGCUUCAGGUCUUGUGUCGUGAUGAACUCAUUCAUUUUUGUUAAACUAAGUCACAAUAUAAUGUUGCUUAAUUUAACAUAAAUUAAUCAUAAAGUAGAAAAACACCAGAGAGGAAAAUCCUUAUCCAAGUAGAAUUCUUAACCUGUAAUAUAAUGGUCAAAUGUUUUAAAGAUGUAUUUAUUUUUCCCUGAGACAGAAGUAAUAUGUUAAAGGAAGAAAUGCAUCAAAUGACAAACUAAAAUAAAUUAAGGUAAAUGAUGAUGGUUUAUAACGAUUAAAAAUGUUUUUGUAAAAGUUGAAAUACAGAGAGCGACGGUGUGUAAACACGUUUGCAAAAAGAUUAAAAUUAUUGUAACUGUUUUUGGCCACUUUUGAGCAACAGGAACAAAAUGUGAGAAUAACACCAAGAUAUUAAGUUUGGUGUUUCAAAGCAAAUAGAGAAUAUUUGUUAAAUGCAGAGCAAGAUCACCGUGAGCAGCCAUAUCUGCACCACCGGUA